UACUAUUUCAUUUCCAUUCUCUCUCUACACUUUCAUAUAAUAAUUCCACUUUCCUUUUCUUUUCUUUCUCUUCUUCACAGAGCAAAACCCUCUUUCUCUCUCAUUCUCUGUAGAGAAAAAAAAGAUGAAAGUUUUGUUCUGAAUUUUCUUCCAAGCAACAAGAAUUUCACUGUUUCUUAGCUCAAUUCAGCUUCGGAUUCAUAGUUUUUGGAUUUUAGCGUUUCCACGUUCUAAUUCAGAACCCAUAUAAUAUAUAUGAUGAGGCGGAUGAAAAAGGAGAUUGAGGAUGAAAUGCUCGACGAUGAUCGGAUUGGGUCAGAGUUUAAUGAUGAGGAGUAUGACAGAAGUGCCCGUGGAGUUCUUCUAAAGAAAGGGCCAUGGACAUCAGCUGAAGACGAUAUUUUGGUCAAUUAUGUCAAGAAGAACGGAGAGGGGAACUGGAAUGCUGUUCAGAAGCAGACAGGCCUGCUACGUUGCGGAAAAAGUUGUCGAUUGCGGUGGGCUAAUCACCUUAGGCCAAAUUUAAAGAAAGGGACAUUUACUGCAGAAGAGGAGCAGUUGAUUUGUGAGCUUCAUGCAAAAUUGGGAAAUAAAUGGGCACGCAUGGCAGCACAUUUACCUGGUCGUACAGAUAACGAGAUAAAGAACUAUUGGAACACUCGGAUCAAGAGGCGUCACCGGGCUGGCUUGCCACUUUAUCCUCCUGAAGUAUUGCAACAGACUCUUCAUGGCCAAAGCACCGAUGGAAUUAACAGCGGCAACAAAGUGCAUCCUGAUUUCUUGCAGAAAAAGAAUUUUGAUAUACAUGAUGCAAUAUAUGACUGUAUGAAGGAUAACCAGGGAAUGUUACCUUAUGUUGCUGAGCUUCCUGAUAUUUCUGCUUAUAGCAAUAUGCUAAAUGGUUUUGAUUCUUCUCAGUAUAGUAGUUUUGGGCAAUCAACAUCAUCUAACCACAAACAUUUUCGAGAUUCAACAAUUCCAUUCCUUGAUUUCAGUUGUAUCGACAGAAAUGGUUAUUAUCCAUUUGAUCAUAUUCAGGAUGAUACUUUUUAUAAGUGGACACAAUCAUUUGGCAUGCAAUCACCCCUUCAUCAUGCUGGCCCCUCCUCUCACAGCUCAAUGUGUUACAGCCAUUCACUAAAAAAUGGAAAUUCCUCCACUUCUAAGCCUUUCGAGGAGCUUCCUUCAAUCCAAUAUCCAGAAACUGAUUUAGGUAGCUGGGGCACAUCUCCCCCACCUCCUUUACUAGAGUCAGUUGAUGAUUUCAUUAAGUCUCCUACACCAAUUAGUACACUGGAGUCAGAUUGUUCUUCUCCACAGAAUAGUGGCCUGCUACAAUCUGUACUUUAUCCGCGGAAGACUCCAAGCAGUUCAAAAAACCAAUUUUAUGGCAAGAGUUCAAAUUCAUCUACUGCAACUCCUGGUGAAAGAGCAGACAGCUCUGCUUUGAACAUGUAUGAUACAGAAUGGGAAGAAUCUGCUGACCCUGUAUCUCCAUUUGGCACAUCUUCAAUAUUGAACGAGUGCCCUGCUGUUAGUGCCAACAGAAGUUCACUGGAUGAGCAGCCACCAGUUCAUACUGUUAAUGGCAACACUGUGAAACUAGAGUAUGUUGACCCGGUUUGGACCCCUGACAGUGGAAAUCAAAUCACGUCUCUGUUGAACUUUAGUCGGCCAGAUUUCUUGCUUGGUUCAGAUUGGUAUGAGCAAUGUUCUGGGAAUGACCAGAACCAAUCCAUCUUCUAUGAUGCUACGUCGAUGUUUCUCGAAGAUCAAUCAGCCACCGACUAUAAACACAUGACUGCUGGAACUUCUAACCCAAGUCAGGUAAGGGAGUUUGGUUCUUGUGCAUGGAACAACAUGCCUCCUGUCUGUCAAGUAUCUGAUCUUGGUUAAAAAACACCUGAGAUGCGGGAUUUGAAACUCCUGUACUAAUUGCAUUUGUGUUGGUUUUCUUAACAUGGUCGUUAGGUGUUAGUAUCUCCUCGGCUGAGAAAGAUGUUAUACGUGUGUGAUUUUUUAGUACCGUUACACUGGUUUAUAGACUUUUGCUGUCACAUGACUUUGUAGUUUCAUGACUGUAUACCUCCAUGAAUCUUUUGCACACUAAUUUGUGCAGAAUAACUUUGCAUUUGAAACAGCAUGUAGCUGGAUGGAUUGAGAAUGAGUUGUAAUAUUUUGCUUGUUUUUCGUUUGAUCUGAUAUUUUGUAGUGUUGAUAUGAUUGGGGCUAAGGAAUUCUUGA